UGGAGGAACUCGGGAGUCCCGAACCCGCCGUCACCGAGCCGGCCUGGAUGUGAGCACGACGGAUUUCAAGCGUUACUUGUUGCACAUGCUGUUUGGAGCGUGGGACGGAUGAACGGUGGCAGCUGCUGGAGGCCCAGCUGGGCUGUAGCUGCUCUGCUUGUCCCUGUUGCUCUGCUGAUGCUGACCUCCAGAGGUGUGUUGAGCAGCCAGAAGAUGACGCAAACCUCCAUGGCUCAUGCCACAGCUACAGCUGCAGGACCAGGGCCCAGUCUGACAGAUGACCUCCCAGGCCUCCAGGCACUCUCAGACUUUUUAACCAGCGAACGCACACAUGUUUGGAUCCUGUCCCUGGUGGGCUCUGUUGCUGUAGGACUCAGUGGGAUUUUCCCCCUGCUUGUUAUUCCUAUUGAAGCUGGAGCAGCCCUCGAAACUGAAGCUGGAUGCCAGAAGCUGAAGCAGCUUUUGAGCUUUGCUAUUGGUGGUCUCCUUGGUGAUGUUUUCCUCCAUCUCCUUCCUGAAGCGUGGGCACUCUCAGAUCCUACAGCUGGUAAACAAAACCACUACACGACCCAGGGCUUGUGGGUAAUCACCGGUCUGUUUGCCUUCCUUCUGCUGGAGAAAAUGUUCCCAGACCAAGACGGCCUCGAGGAUGCCACCUCGGAGUCACACCUGAAUUGUAACCUUUCUAUGCAGUCGGAUUCAGCUUUUUGUGUAAAAGCGGAAGCAUCCCUCAAAAAUGGCCACUGUGCAGAUUCAUGGAAAUCCUCCACGCAGCAGAGUCUGCAGGACCGAGCAGUAAAAAUCAAGACCAGUGGGUACCUUAAUCUACUGGCCAACUGCAUCGACAACUUCACCCAUGGACUGGCAGUAGCUGGGAGUUUCUUGGUCAGCAAAAAGGUUGGGUUCCUCACCACCUUUGCCAUUCUGCUCCAUGAAAUCCCCCAUGAGGUGGGAGACUUUGCCAUUCUGUUGAGGGCGGGGUUCGAUCACUGGAGCGCCGCUCGCAUGCAGCUGUCCACGGCUCUGGUCGGGGUCUUGGGAGCUUGCUUCGCCCUGUGCACUCAGUCACCAAAAGGCACAGAAAAUGCCACAAGCUGGAUAUUGCCUUUCACUGCCGGAGGUUUCCUCUACAUUGCCUUGGUGAAUGUUGUGCCUGAGCUACUACAGGAGUCCAAUUUAAGGCACUCCUUACAGCAAAUCCUUCUUAUUUUCUGCGGGGUGGCUAUCAUGGCUGUGCUCUCGGCCAUCAUCGAUUGAACGUGGAGGGAUCACCCCUUUUCGCCUUAACAGACACUCCUCAUGUAGAGAAAUCCUCGUGUUUGAUUCCUCGUUCAUGGACACGUCUUGGUUCCAAGGCGUUGAGGCACCAGUGACGUACAGCAAAGACCUGGCGAAGAACAACACUCUCUGAGGAAAAAGACGACUUUCUUCAUCGGCGAGACACUUUCAAAUGUUCCGUACGUAAAUAUCACGGGAGAUGGUUUGUGUCGAAAUCUGUUACAGAUUUUCCUUUCACACAAUAAUGCUAUGCACAUACUUGCACAGGUACGCUCCAUGUAACUGCUCAGAUCAACAAAAUAUUCCAAGCACCAAGACUUCCCUCUUCAUAAUGCAUCAUUC